AUGUCGAUCACAAAUUUUGCCGGCCUUCCGGAAAAAUUUCCAGGUUAUUUUGUUGAAUACUUUUUCGACAAAUAUUUUGACGUUCUGAUCUAUUGCGAAGUUCUAUAUGCGAUGAUGAUAUACUACGGCCCGAAGUUGAUGGAAAACCGGAAACCAAUGAAUCUAAAAUGGGUUUUGGCUGCAUGGAACUUAUUUCUGACAAUUUUCUCCACCAUGGGUGCAAUCUCAACCACAAGUACAAUGGCAUUCAUGAUCCGAGACCGUGGCCUUCAUAAAACGUUAUGUGUUUUUGAUCGUCAUUUGGUCUACGGAGGCGAGAUUGCGUUCUGGUUCUUUGCGUUUCUAAUCAGUAAGUUUCCAGAAACAAUCGAUACAGCAUUACUCAUUCUGCAGAAAAAACCGGUUAUCUUUCUGCACUGGUUCCAUCAUCUAACGGUGAUGUUAUUCUGCUGGGUUAGCGCCAAUGAGUUUGUUCCGUCUGGUUUGUUUUUCUCGUCAAUGAACUACAUUGUGCAUUCAGGGAUGUAUUUUUAUUACUUUUUAUGUUCAAUAGGUCUUCGCAGGUUUGUCCAUCCAUUCGCUCCCGUAAUCACAAGUGCACAGCUCAUGCAGAUGUUCGUGGGUAUCGCCGUUGUAUUCCACGACUUUUACUAUACUUAUGUUAGUAAUACAGAUUGCAAGCUGCAUCGGGGUUCAAUUCGUAUGGGAAUGGCGAUCUACGGCAUAUAUUGCAUUCUUUUCUUAGAAUUAUUUAUUAAACUGUAUAUUUUGAAUGACAGAAAGUAUCCAAAAAGAGAUGUUAGAAAAUUGGUUAGGCCACAGAACCAUGAAAAUCAUUUUAAACCUUUAAAUGGUAAGAAAAAUAUAUAG